CAGUAAGCACACAUUCUCCUCUAUUUUGGCGAAUUUUGCUCUGCGCAUUCUUCUUUCUCUCUCCCUCCCGGAGUCUCAGGCUUCAUUCUUUCCUUGGUUGAUGAAACUCGAUCGAUUUGAUAAAACCCAGAUCAAAUCUGUUGACAUUUUUCCAAAUUUCGAUGCUUUUUUGAGAUUGGGUUUCUCUUUCUUUUGAAUUAACUUAUCAUCAGUUUCAGCGUUGCGCAGUUUUGGCCACAAAGUGUUUGUUGAAAUUCCUGAGAGAGAGAAGCUGGAAAUUGGGAAUUCCGUAAGAAAAUGAGAGAUUUUCCUUCUUGCUCCGGUGAAAAUGGCGUCCAGAUUGCGGAUUCUUCGUCUUCCUCGAGCGCUGGAAGAAAUGCUCAGAAUUUGGUCAUUUGUAUCUACCGAUGCCGCAUCCGAGGUAGGACUUGUAUGAUCACAGUCACAUGGACUAAGAAUCUUAUGGGUCAGUGUGUUACCGUGGGAGUUGAUGAUUCUUGCAACCGAAGUCUGUGUAAAGUUGAGAUUAAGCCGUGGCUCUUCACUAAACGAAAAGGGUCCAAAAGUCUAGAGGCGUAUGCCUGUAGUAUCGAUGUUUUCUGGGAUCUCUCGUCUGCUAAAUUCGGAUCCAGCCCUGAACCUUUAGGAGGGUUCUAUGUUGGAAUUGUUGUGGACAAAGAAAUGGUUCUUCUUCUUGGUGAUAUGAAGAAAGAGGCUUUUAAAAAGACGAAUGCCGCACCUUCUUCAUCUCUAGGUGCUCUGUUCAUUGCUAAGAAAGAGCAUGUCUUUGGCAAGAGAACGUUUGCAACUAAAGCUCAGUUUUCAGGUGAUGGCAAAACUCAUGAUCUUGUGAUCGAAUGUGACACCAGUAUCAGUGAUCCUUGUCUCAUUGUUCGUGUUGAUGGAAAGACCUUGAUGCAAGUGCAGCGGCUUCAUUGGAAGUUCCGUGGCAACGAUACCAUAAUUGUCAAUAGGAUCUCUGUGGAAGUCCUCUGGGAUGUUCACAGUUGGUUCUUUGGGAUGCCAUCAUCACCAGGAAAUGCCGUGUUUAUGUUCAGGACUUGUCAAUCUGUUGAAAAGACCUGGUCUUUCACGCAGGUCCCCACGAGCUCGAAAUCUCAAAGUUUUGGGUUUUCAUUGAUUCUGUACGCUUGGAAGAACGAGUAGAGAAGAAGAGUUUUGAGAGUUCUUUUCUUUCUCUUGAGUGCUAACUAAAGGUUAAAAAGGAACUGUUGAUUCUUGCCAAUUUAUUUUAUCAUAUAUGAUAUUAUGAUCAAUUGGUUUCAUUAUAUUUUCUCAUAAAAAUGUUGGAACCGGAUCAGUCAAGAAGAACUCUUGUUCUUCGUAUAUAUCAGUUUCAUAUGUCAAAGUUUCAACAUGAGACUUGUAAAGAAUCUUGUUCAAAACCGAUUGCUUUGGUCCUGUAUCAAGAAACCAACUGUUCAGAUACUCUGUUUUGGUCUCCAACGUGCAUAAUGUUCCUCACUAGAAUGGAUAGUUUUAUUAUCUACAUUAAGGGUGUCUUUGGCUUAUGGUCUUUCUUUUAUUAUGACUUCCUGCUGCUCAUUUGUGUACAGAUGAGAUUAUAACGGCCCGAGCUGAAGCUAGUAGUUACUCUUAAGAUGAUUAUCAAACAUGUGCUUUGCAUCCAUCUAGCAAGUAGCAACAUAGAUAAUCUUGCUGUGUCAUUUUAUUAAGCAUAUGUAUAUUCCUUAGACAUAUAUCAUGUCUUUGGUUUUGUUUUGCGCCAUACCUUUUUAGACAUUGUAAAUAGUUAUUAUCCAGCUCUUUGCAGUUUCUGCAGGUAUAAAGAGUAUUGUAUCAAGGAAUCUAGGGAGACAUGGGUUUGUACUUGAAGAUUCUUGAAUUGUGUGAAUCAGAUUAUAUGGAAGACUAUGAAGUCAAAGUCCCUUUCCAGUCCCUUCAAGCUUUGGGAUGUCAUGUUGAUGCGGUUUGUCCAGCAAAGAAGAAGACUGAUGAACGUUUCCCAACCGCAAUCCAUGACGUCUUGAGGGUGACCAAACUUACAGUGAAAAAACAGGCCACACUUUUGCUGUAACUGCUAACUUUGAUGGACUUAAUUCCUCCAGUUAUGAUGAUCUGGUCAUUCCGGGAGGCAGAGCUCCAGAAUAUCUAGCAUUGAACAAACACGUCCUUAACAUGGGUAAAGAGUUCAUGAAUUCUGAGAAACCAGUUACAUCUACUUCCCACAGACAACAGACACAUAUCUUGACCUUUCUUGUUCCAAGCCAGCCAUGAUGAUGCUGUGUUGCUCUCUGGAAGAUGCAGCCAGUUCCAACGUACAGUGAACCAUGAGGUCCAUCCAAAGCUCUGAUACUAACCUCAAAGAAGACACUGUUGUGGUUUUGACUUUUGAAUAACAUCAAAAACCUACAAACGUGUGAAGGAAAUGAACAUAACAGAUUCUAUCGUCACCGCGAUCAAGCAGGAAAUGCGUUAUUUUUCUCAAAGCCAGGCCGCUUCUCUCUCGACACAUAGACGAGCAUGAUAGCAUGAUGUCAACUUGUGCUGUAUCAAUGAAGUCCUAAGAAUCUGGCUUCUGCUCCAAAAAAUGGUUAGCAGGUUGGAGGAGCCAACCAACCUGCCUGUAGCAACCACUCUUUAUUCUUUGGUCAAUCAUAUACCAAAAAGUUUAUACAAAUCGAAGUAGUGAGAUGAUCUGUGUGUUGGAGACUUAUGUUUCUGAGAUGUAGAUGGACCACAUCUUUCACUAAGCAUCUGCAACUUUAGAGCCCAUCUUCGUUAGUGUGACUAAAGUCUCGACUCGAACAAGCUGCAGAAAAAUAAUUAAAGUUUGUAACAGGUGUGUUAAAAUAACUCUGUCUUGAUGUAUCAUUGUUCUGGUGCAGCAUUAACGUGGUAUCAGCGGCUUUCAAGGGUAGAAGAUGAUGUAUAAAGCCAUAUGCGAGGAGCUUCAGAAUGUAGUUCAUACCGUUGAUCAGAUGACAACAAAGACUCCUUGAGAAGUUUGAAAAGCUUCCACAAGUGUGACCAAAAGCUCUGAAUCUUUAUUUGGUUGAAACUUCGAUGUCAACAAUGUGUUACUUCAAUCUUGCUUCCAAUUAUGGAGUAAUUGAAGAAAAUGACAGCAUAAAAAUCAGCCAGAAGAAGAUUUUUCUGCCUUCAUUGACUAUGUCUUCAGACAGGUCACUACUAGAAUCGGUUAUGGUUCUCCCAAACUCAUACAAUGACCAUGGAGCUGCGCUUGGGGAGAAGGAACCUUUGGGUGGCCAUAUGAGGUAGCUGAAAAGGUAAGUAGAACCUUUGAUUGAUUUCUCCUCUUUUUGCUCUCUAAUCUUUCCCGUUGGGAUGUUGAGAAAUCAUGGAAAUUGCCUGAAAAUUUCUGUCCAGAAUUUGCUGAUUCCACUAGAGAAAUUAGAAUUAGAAUUAGUUUUGAAAUUAGAAUUGAUUUCGGUUCGGUUUGCAUUGGUUUUGAAAUUAGAAUUGAUUUCGUUCGGUUUGCGUUGGAAUUAAU